AUGAAUCUGACGAUUUUAAGCAAAGAAUUAUGCAAAUUAUCAACAGCAAAUCAAAAAGUAAACGAAUUCACCGGAAGGUUGCACGAAUUACAUGUUGCCCUCAAUGAAUUCCAAGGAAUUUGCAUAUUUAUUACUCAGUGUGAAAAAUUAAAUGGCGAGCUGGAAGGUGAACGUCGAUCACAUGCUGACGAGUUGCGACAAAUUAAUCAGGAUAUAAAUCAUUUGGAAGAUACUUUCAAAAGUUUGAAAAGUGGAAAUGAUGCUAGAAAAGAUAGUAUUGCGCAAAAGUAUCGUGAGAUUGAGCGGGAUUUGAAUCACACUAAUGAGAUUUUAUGCGAAAGCGGUAUUUCGGAAACAAAUUUGCUGACAAAUGAAAUGCUUUUCCCAUCACAAUUUGAUGAAGUGAUCGACAACAGUGCUGCAAAUCAUUUGGCUCUAACGACACCGCUUGUCUUGAAUCAGUUAUCGCACCUUUCAUUCUUGGAAAUGCUAAAUCGGCAUCGGAAUCAUAUUCUGGAAGCUUCCGAUCGAAUUUUAUAUACAUCCGGUGGUGUAACAGCCACAGCUACUGUUUCUAUGAACAGCAUUAUAUCGGCUAUAAGUGAACCAGCCAAGAUGAAGAAAUGUCAGUCCUGUGAACAACUCAUCCAUCGAAAUGCUCCCAUAUGUCCACGUUGUAAGACGAAAAGUCGAUCGAAAUAUUCAAAAAGAUCCCGAAAAUUUGAAUAA